AUGGCUCUUGCACCAAAGUUUGCCGGGCAGAAGCUCGUGGUCGGAGCCCGGCCAGAGACUCUUCACACGCUCGAGCUCUUCCUCGAUUUCGUAUGCCCCUUCUCAAAGAAGAUGUUCAAUACGGUUUACCAGGACGUGCGUCCUUUCGUAGAGUCCAAGUACCCAGGCAAAGUGCAAUUCAUUUUCAGACAGCAGAUUCAGCCAUGGCACCCGUCGUCUACUUUAGUUCACGAAGCUGGAGUUGCGGUGUUGCAAACAAGCCCGGACAAGUUCUGGCCAUUCAGCAAAGCUCUCUUCGACAAGCAGACCGAGUACUUUGAUGCGAAUGUUGUCAACGAGCCACGCAACAAGACCUAUGAGCGGCUUUCCAAGCUUGCUGGCGGUGUUGGCAUUGACGAGAAGAAGAUAUACAACUUGCUCGAAAUAUCGGACAAGCCAGACAAGGAUGGCGGUCUGAAURGCGGGAACAAGGUCACGAAUGAUAUCAAGCUGCUAGUCAAGGCCAAUCGCCUUCAGGGUGUCCACGUAACGCCGACUGUGCUUUUCAAUGGUAUUGUCGAGAWCGGAAUCGCCAGCAGCUUCAGCAUUUCGGAUUGGGAGCAGUGGUUGGAAAAGAAUAUUGUGUGA